AUGGAUAAGAUAUUAGAAGCAGUCAUGGAGUCAUCAUAUCCAAUGUACGUAAAGCAGAGCUUAGCAAAGAGAGUUGUUGAAGCUUCGAAGCAAACCAUGGACAGUGAACAGUGCUGGUGCAUGCUCGAACUCUCCACCAAACUCUUCUUUGUGGGUGACUCCCAGUUUGCAAGGGAAACUGCAAGAGAACUUCUGGAAGUCUACGGCAUUUACCACCCCGAUGAAUUUGAAGAAUUUUUUAACGUCAGGUUUAUCCUGAGCCUUCUUCAGGAGGGAUACACAACAGUUGGGAAGAGAAAUGUCUACAUUUUGGAUUAUAUAUAUCAUGGGCUUCAGUUUGUUUUGAACAAACCAACAGCAGAAGAAAUCUUCAGGCUACUCAGGAUAGAAGUUCUUCGAAUAGUCUGUGAAAGACCAGGUCUUCAGCUUUGUGUGAGAAUCAGCAAGCUCCUAUCUCAGUAUUCACAAUGUAUUCCUGUGGGAAAACAACAAGUGCUCUUCUGCCAACAGCUGAUUAGAUGCAUUGGGCAGUUCUAUUGUACAACCCAAGCAGAGGAUGGCAUAUUGCAAUAUCUGGACCAAAUCAGCAGAGUUAGUGGCCUUCUACAGAAAAUCUGGAGGUUGCAGUCCUCCUCUUUACUUUCAUCCCUAAAGGAACUCUUUGCUAUUAUCUCUACAACAGAGGAGGCACAAGGUCCUUCAAAUUCUCUGGCAUGCUUGGUGCAAUACAUCCCACUGGAGCUGAUGGAUGGUGUUAUUAGGAACCUGGCUAAUACAGACACUGUUACAGACCCUCAGAUGAUGAUAGCGAUUAGCAGGAUGAUUGAUUGGGUCGCAUGGCCUCUUGGAAAAAACAUUGACAAGUGGAUAAUUGCCUCACUGAAGGGACUUGCUGCUGUGAAAAAGUUUAGCAUACUGAUUGAAGUUUCCCUUUCAAAAAUUCAAAAGGUGUUUUCCAAGCUGCUCUACCCAGUCGUACGAGAUGGAGCUCUCUCAGUUCUCAGGUAUAUGUUGCUGAGUUACCAGCAUUCACCUGAAGCAUUCCAUUUGAUAAUUCCUCACGUACCUCAGAUGAUUUCUUUUCUCACUAUUGAAACCUCAAAUUCUGCAAGCAGUUGCCUGGAACAGCUCUCUGAACUGUUUCACUGUCUGAUUUAUCGAUUCUCAGGGUAUCCUGACCUUUAUGAGCCGGUUAUAGAUGCAAUAAAGGACCUUCCAACUCCAAAUGAAGAUAGAAUAAAGCAACUCCUAGGGCAGAAUGCUUGGACAUCACAGAAGAACGAGCUGGCACCGUACUAUCCCAGACUGGCUUCAAAAUCAGACACAGGGAGGAUAGGUCUUAUCAACCUAGGAAACACAUGUUAUAUGAACAGUAUCCUGCAGGCCUUAUUUAUGGCUACAGAUUUUAGACAUGCCGUGCUCCGUCUAAAGGAGAGCAGUUCUCAGCCUCUGAUGAUGAAACUGCAGUCUCUCUUUGCCUUUCUAGAGCACAGCCAGCGUCCAGCAGUAUCACCAGGAAGUUUCUUGGCAUCUUCUCUGCCCCCCUGGUUUACUGCAGGUGUCCAGCAAGACUGCUCGGAAUAUCUGAAAUACCUCUUAGACCGGCUACAUGAAGAAGAAAAAACAGGCAAGCGAAUUUCCCAAACUCUGGCUCAGUCCAACUACGAGUCACAAGAAAAAAAGUUUUUACUAUGCAACAGCACACUAGUUGAACGAAUGUUUGGUGGAAAGAUACGGACAAAAAUCCGUUGCAUGAAAUGUCACAGUAUUUCUUCCAAGGAAGAAGCUUUCACUGACUUAUCACUAGCUUUCCCCUCAUAUGAUGAUCCUGUGCCAGAAGUUCCUAGAACAAAAUGCCCCACUCUUAGAACUGUAGAAGAAAUAGGGCCUCAAAAGAUUAAGAGGACAACAAAAUCCCAGGCCACCAAAUCUCCAGAAACAACAAGAUGGAAGCAGAAAUCGGAAGACUAUAGUGCAAAUGUCACCUCUAUUGAAACAUUAGGAGCUCAAGGAAAAGCCCAUAAACUAGAACCUCACAUCUCUAGGUUUGACAUGCAAGAUGAAAAUAUCAGUUCUGCUUUGGCUUCUAGGGAACUCCCAAAACCAAGCAAAAACACUUUUUCAUUGUCAGAUUUGAUCAACCAUUUCUUAUGUCCAGAGAUGUUAACAGCAGAUAACAAAUAUCAGUGUGAGACAUGUAUCUCCUUACAGGAUGCAGAGAAAGGUGUUGAAUUGACAAUGGGUCCAGAGUACCUUAUUCUUACCUUGCUUAGGUUCUCUUAUGACAAAAAGAUAAUGAAGAGAAGAAAGAUCAUGGACAAUGUCUCAGUUCCUUUGGUUCUCCAGUUGCCUAUCCAGGUGACUUCAAAAGACCAAAUGGAUGCCUCUUCUGAGAAAAGGAAUAUUUGUAGUUCCAUCCAGGUGGACCAGUCUGGUCUCUAUGAUUUGUGCUCUGUUAUAGUGCAUUCUGGGCUAUCCUCUGAAAGUGGACACUAUUAUUGUUAUGCCAGAAACUGUACCGACAGCAAUACGCAUCUGGGUGGGGACAUUAAGAAAUAUACUUCUGAUAAACAUUUAGAUCUAGAUAUACAAUGGUAUCUCUUCAAUGACAACAGAGUCUCAUUCUCAUCAUUUGAAUCAGUUUGUAAUGUCACAUCUUUCUUCCCCAAAGACACAGCUUACGUACUUUUUUAUAGACAUAGACCAAAUCGGCAAACUGGUCCAGGCUCUGAGGCAUGUGCAGCAAUAACCACGGGGGAUAUUUCUCUUAACAAAGAACUAAUGGAAGCUAUUUCUAAAGACAAUAUAAAAUAUUUGCAAGAGCAAGAAAAGGAAGCGAGGAACAGAGCUGCUUUCGUCUCUCCACUUUGUACGUCUCCUCUCUGGUGGCAAGACUUUGACAAGGACAGUGAUGAUGAAGACUCACCAGGUGGUAUGGGGCCAACAGGAGGCUCUGGUUCCUUCCAUGGGCUUGCAUUUUAA